CCACAGCUGUUUCUGGAACGAACAUGGCGACUCUGCGACAUGAGAGUGUGAAGAGUUAUUACAGCUCUCUGGAGUCAUCAGACGCUUUGCAGACGAGUGCUGCAUGUUCUGCUUCAUCCCGGCCGUUGUCUAAGAGCGUACAGCAUGCCCUUGAACAGGUCCAUCCUGAGGUCUGCAGAAGGUUCUUUGGCUGCGGUCUGGUGGCUCCAGAGAAGCUGAAAGGAUGUUCGGUUCUGGAUUUGGGCAGCGGAUCUGGUCGGGACUGUUACGUGCUCAGCAACCUGGUGGGAGAAGAUGGACGUGUUACUGGCAUUGACAUGACUGAAGAUCUGAUACAAGCGUCAAGGAAAUAUGUGAGCUUCCACCAGGAGCAGUUUGGCUACGUCAAGCCAAACACUGAGUUUGUUCAUGGGUACAUGGAGAGGCUCAGUGAUGCAGGGAUACAGGACAACUCUCAGGAUGUAGUCAUAUCAAACUGUGUGAUUUGUCUCUGUCCAGACAAGAGGGCUGUUCUAAGUGAAGCUUAUAAAGUACUCAAGGUUGGGGGUGAACUUUAUUUCAGUGACAUGUACGCGAGCGCGGUAGUCCCUGAGUCUUUUAAAGAGGAUCCUGUGCUUUGGGGUGAAGGAAUGGGUGGCGCCCUCUACUGGCAUGAUUUCAUCUCCAUCAUGAAGGAACUUGGCUUUAGCACGCCUCGUCUGGUCGCCGCUAGUCGUAUUGAUGCGCACAGUCCAGAGCUCCGAGUGAAAGCAGGUGAUAUUAAAUAUGCCUCAGGGACCUACCGUGCCUUUAAAUUGCCCCAACAUGCUAUUCAAACCAAAUCACUGGUCACGUAUAAGGGGACAGUUCCUGACUGUGCAGAGUAUUUUGAGCUUGAUGCCUCAACCUCCUUUAAGGUAAACGAGUCUGUAGAGGUAGAUGCAGAGUUGGCAGCUAUUCUCCAGUACACACGUUACUCACCAGACUUCAUCGUCCAGAUGACAGACAAGCCCGAUCCUAGCCUCAGCUCUGCUCAGCAGUACUGCCACCUGAGCCCGUUCAUUCUGGCGGACAGGCUGGGAUUGUGUGUGAAACAGUGCUCUAAGACGGGCAUCGUGGCUGGAAGCUGUGGGUAGUGAGGGAAAAUGCAUCAUGUUUCUCCCCAGUGGGAUCAAAACCUCUACAUCGAACACAAACACAAAGGAUUCAACCACGGAGACCCUUUGCAUGUUCUCUUUUUAGUGAUGUUUGAUUGCAGGUGGUUUUUGUAUGUUUAGGGAAAUGGGAUAAGUUAUACUGUAUGGAGGAAGGGCAUAUGGGCUAAGUCAUGUGGGAAAGGGUGAAAAAUGCAGUAAUAGGUGUGGAAUAAGCCACAUGGAGGAAAUGGGGAUAUGGGGUAGGUUCUGUGGGGAAAAUCAGUGUAUGGGGUAAAUCACAUGAGUAGACCACAAGAAGGAAAGGGGGUAUGGGAAAAAAUCACAUGGAGGAAAGAGGGUAUGGUGUAAAUCACAAGAAGGAAAGGGCAUGAGGUAAAUCACACGGGGUAAGGUCAUAAGUGGCAUAUUGAGUGAGUCACAUAAAGAAAAAUGGGAUCAGGUAAAUCACAUGGGGAAAAUCACUGUAUGGGGUAAAUCACAUGGGGGAAGGGUAUGGUAUAGGUAACAUUGAAAAUGGGGUAUGGGGUAACUUGCAUGAGG